CAAAUACUCCAGACACUUGUCUUUAUUGAUUUUACAUUCAGCACAAUAGAUGCACCUGGCAGCCUUGCCUAGGCGGAGCUCUGAGUCUGCUCUGAGACCCACUUGUGGCUCCCACAGGGGACCCAGGGUGGGCUUAUUCAGGUGGCUGUGGGUCUCGACUGGGCUGCAUCUCUGAGGACAUGAGGAACAGCAGUUAAAGCUUGGGCCAGACCCACACAGCCCCAGGGAGCUUCUCCGAAAGUCACAGGGACUGUCAGGGGACCUCUGAUGGUUCUCGAAGUUGAUAAGACCCAGGCUGUGCUGGGAUCCUCAUUGCUGGAGGGUUUCGCCCCCGGUCAGUGGAGUGGAAGCACCGGGCUUGGUGUGAUCCUGCAGGCUGGGGCCACAGUGACAGCCCAGUUGUGCAUGGAGGGAGACCGCCCUCCCCUGCGGCCCUGCUGGCCACACUGCCCUCUGCUCCAGGAGUCUCUGGCCCCUUUGCUCUGCUAUUUGUUCCUGCUCUGUCCUUACCUGGCAGGCGCUCCAUGACAAGUGGCCAUGUUUGUGGCUCCUCUGACCCAGGGUCACCUGCCCUCCCAUUCUAAAAACUGCCCUGGCUCCUGAUGGGCUUCUGGUGGCCCCCGGCAAGGGUGGGCCCAGGAGUCCUCUAGGAUGCCCUGCCUGCUCCCUUUGCACCCACAAAUCUGUACCUCUCUGAAAACCAGGGCCAUUUUUCAAGCAAUUGGGUUACAAGGUUAAGAAGGUUAGUUAGGGGCAGUCAUGUCACCAAGCUAUUCGCUCCAAGAGAACAGCACACACGGAGGAAGGGGUGUGCGGGGGCUGCCUCCCAGUCACCUGCUGAGCCUGCCGGCUCCAGCCUGGUUCUCAGAACCGUCCCACUCACACCAGGGGAAGCAGGAGUGGGAUGAGCUGGGGUGACGGCCCCAUAUCUGACCCGCUCCCCUGAAGAUCACUAAAAACAGUCCCCCUACUUUUGUCUCUGCAGGGUCUGCAGUAGGCCUCCGCAUGGCCCACCGAGGUGAACCAUGACCGGCUGGCCAACACUCGCCAUUGACCAGCCGGAGUUGCAUCUCGCCAGGAGGUGACCCCUCCUCCAGCUGUCCCCAACUCGCCCACCCUCGCCCAGGAAAGUGCCCGCGGCUGCCACGGACACCAUGUAGUAGGGCCGGCUGCGGCGCCCAGUGAGCUGCGAUGGUUUUGUACACGACCCCCUUUCCUAACAGCUGUCUGUCCGCCCUGCACUGUGUGUCCUGGGCUCUUAUCUUCCCAUGCUACUGGCUGGUGGACCGGCUCGCUGCCUCCUUCAUACCCACCACCUACGAGAAGCGCCAGCGGGCGGACGACCCGUGCUGCCUGCAGCUGCUCUGCACCGCCCUAUUCACGCCCAUCUACCUGGCCCUCCUGGUGGCCUCGCUGCCCUUUGCAUUUCUCGGCUUUCUCUUCUGGUCCCCACUGCAGUCGGCCCGCCGGCCCUACAUCUAUUCACGGCUGGAAGACAAGGGCCUGGCCGGUGGGGCAGCCCUGCUCAGUGAAUGGAAGGGCACGGGGCCUGGCAAAAGCUUCUGCUUCGCCACUGCCAACGUCUGCCUCCUGCCCGACUCGCUCGCCAGGAUCAACAACCUUUUUAACACCCAAGCGCGGGCCAAGGAGAUCGGGCAGAGAAUCCGCAAUGGGGCCGCCCGGCCCCAGAUCAAAAUUUACAUCGACUCCCCCACCAAUACCUCCAUCAGCGCCGCUAGCUUCAGCAGCCUGGUGUCACCACAGGGUGGCGAUGGGGUGGCCCGGGCCGUCCCUGGGAGCAUUAAGAGGACAGCCUCUGUGGAGUACAAGGGUGACAGCGGGCGGCACCCUGGUGACGAGGCUGCCAACGGCCCAGCCUCUGGGGACCCUGUCGACAGCAGCAGCCCAGAGGACGCCUGCAUCGUGCGCAUCGGUGGCGAGGAGGGUGGCCGGCCACCUGAAGCUGACGACCCUGCGCCUGGGGGCCAGGCCAGGAACGGAGCUGGCGGGGGCCCGAGGGGCCAGACGCCCAACCACAACCAGCGGGACGGGGAUUCAGGGAGCCUGGGCAGCCCCUCGGCCUCCAGGGAGUCCCUGGUGAAGGGGCGAGCUGGGCCAGACACCAGUGCCAGCGGGGAGCCAGGUGCCAACAGCAAGCUCCUGUACAAGGCCUCGGUGGUGAAGAAGGCGGCUGCGCGCAGGAGGCGGCACCCCGACGAGGCCUUCGACCAUGAGGUCUCCGCCUUCUUCCCCGCCAACCUGGACUUCCUGUGCCUGCAGGAGGUGUUUGACAAGCGAGCAGCCACCAAAUUGAAAGAGCAGCUGCACGGCUACUUCGAGUACAUCCUGUACGACGUCGGGGUCUAUGGCUGCCAGGGCUGCUGCAGCUUCAAGUGUCUCAACAGCGGCCUCCUCUUUGCCAGCCGCUACCCCAUCAUGGACGUGGCCUAUCACUGUUACCCCAACAAGUGUAACGACGAUGCCCUGGCCUCUAAGGGAGCUCUGUUUCUCAAGGUGCAGGUGGGAAGCACACCUCAGGACCAAAGAAUCGUCGGGUACAUCGCCUGCACACACCUGCAUGCCCCGCAAGAGGACAGCGCCAUCCGGUGUGGGCAGCUGGACCUGCUUCAGGACUGGCUGGCUGAUUUCCGAAAAUCUACCUCCUCGUCCAGCGCAGCCAACCCCGAGGAGCUGGUGGCAUUUGACGUCGUCUGCGGAGAUUUCAACUUUGAUAACUGCUCCUCUGAUGACAAGCUGGAGCAGCAACACUCCCUGUUCACCCACUACAGGGACCCCUGCCGCCUGGGGCCCGGGGAGGAGAAGCCGUGGGCCAUCGGUACUCUGCUGGACACGAACGGCCUGUAUGACGAGGAUGUGUGCACCCCGGACAACCUCCAGAAAGUCCUGGAGAGUGAGGAGGGCCGCAGGGAGUACCUGGCGUUUCCCACCAGCAAGAGCUCGGGCCAGAAGGGGCGGAAGGAGCUGCUGAAGGGCAACGGCCGGCGCAUCGACUACAUGCUGCACGCAGAGGAGGGGCUGUGCCCAGACUGGAAGGCCGAGGUGGAAGAAUUCAGUUUUAUUACCCAGCUGUCCGGCCUGACGGACCACCUGCCAGUAGCCAUGCGACUGAUGGUGUCUUCGGGGGAGGAGGAGGCAUAGACCAUCCGGAGCAGCGGGGCCUCUGCCAACCCUUGGAGCUGCAGCCCAUCCCUGGGCCGUGUCCCCUCCAUCGAGCGCCUGGUGCUUGGGGGAGGAGGGCAGGGACAGGGAGGGAGCCACAGUCAGUGCCCAGGAACCUGGAAGUUGCGCUGCUCUGCGCCUCUGGGCCUCACUGUGGACAGAGGAGUCAGGCCCGUCCCGGGAGCCUCCAGCUGCCUAACCAGUGCCAUUCUUUCACAACACGAUUUUCUACAAAUCUACAGCACAACCGAGUUUGUAACCCGUGGGUUAGUAUGAGGACCGGGUUCAUGUACUCUCUGUAUCUCUUAAGCUUCGUCCAGGGUUCUUUAUUUUUGUCUGCUGCCAAUGUCGUCUCGCAUGCCUGCACCCUCGCAUGCACGCUGCCCGCAUGCCACGUGCCAUGCCGUAGCCACAGACCCCUUGCUCGGGCCUCACCCAAGGCCAAACUCCAAACACAAUCAGAACCAGCCAAAGAAGCACUUCCUGGGCACGGCCACCAGCUCUCCCGCCUCCAGUGUGGGCCGGCUCCCGCAGGGUCCGAGGGCUGCAUCCCUACCAGCCAGCCCAGGGCUCUUCCCAGGGUCUCGCAUUCAAGGGCGAUUACAUUUUAAAAAGAAAAACAGAAAAAGGUUAAUCAUAAAACCAACCCUCACUUCACAGGGUCUGUAAGUCACUCAUAGAACUUUGCUCUUCCUGAGACAGGGUCCCUUCCCCAGCUCAGGCACAACAGGGUCUGGCAGGCUCUGGCGCCCCGGGCCUCCUCUGGGAGCCUCCCAUCUGGGCAGUGGAGCCAUAAACGGGGAAUCCGAGAAGAGAGCAUCCACUUUUUUUUUUUUUUACAGGAAGAAGGGACUCACAGCAUAAAGGGGGGUGGGGGGGAUCCUGAUUUUGAAAAUAAUCUAUUUGUAGCUUCUCUUCUAUCAAAACCAACACAUCCUCUUCUUUCUGCCAAUCCUCUCCCCCACUGGACACCUCUCUGGUUCGGGACCAAUCCCUCCCUGGGGACGUGCCCCACCUGCGUGCCGAAUGAGCUCAGGAACCCCUGCCUGCCCCCCGGGUGGGGCUGCGGCUCUGGCCUCCCAGGCCCAUCCUCAACAGCUACCCCAGCCAACAACACCAAGGCCACAAGGGGACCCCGGCCUAGGAAGCAGGAAGCCAAGCUGCAGAGAGCAGCCUGGCCCUCCCAGUGCGCGGGCUGGGGCAGCAAGACUGACAGUUGCCGCAUGCCCAGGGCAGGGUAUGGUACUGGCACCCAAGUUCAGCAUGGCAGAGCUGGCCAACAGCCUGUGGUCCCUGAUCUGCCUCCAGCCCCAAGCUGCCUAUAGCCCCCAGGCCCCUUCGGCAGCACUGCCUCUGCCCACCUGCCUUUAACAGACUCCAGGGCUGCUCCUGUCAUGCAGCGAAGGUUCUGUCUGUUUCAAAGUUCCAGACUCAACUUGAGGGACUGUUUUUGACAAUCCCCGCUGACCUCCGCUCCUCGUGGCGCCCUGGCCCUGCACCCAGCCUGGCCCAGAGCUGGCUUUGCCUGGUGAGGCUGGAGGGAGCACCAGGACCUGCUGUCUGCUGUCAGCCCCUCCUGGUGCUGGUGCCCUGAUGCUGUGCCUUGUCACCCAUUGAGCUGCAAGAGGGACCAAGAGGGGGCCACGCAGCCAGCCAGAUGCCUGGCCCUGUGCUGGGGCAGACAACACUGCGGAGCCUGGCACUAGGACGUGCGUCCUUGUGACACUGGCCUGUCUGAACUCACCUGGCCUGGGAAGCACCGUCUGUGCCCGGGCCCAAGCCCUGCCCCCGCUAGAGUCCAGAGCCAGGAAGGGGCUGCUGAGGGCGAGCGUCCUGCUGGGCUCUCUGCCUGGCCAGCGAGCCUUGACUGGGCUUCAUGCUGUGGAGGCCCCCAACUCCCAGAAGCAGCUGGGAUUCUGCUCACACAAGCAACUGGGCCGGCCGGCCCUGGACUCCUAGACCCUGAGCCGCCUGCCGACUGCCUGCACAGGGAGAACAGCUGAGGCCCGGGCAGGGCCCCCACACCAGACCCCAGCAUAGCUUCCCCACCCAGGCACCCCCCUUCCUGGGGCAGCAGGCAUGGGAGUCAGGGCUGCACGCUCCUCCCCUCCCACCUCACAGGCGGCCUUAGGCAAGUCAUUUUCUGUCAUCACAAGGUCGCCUCUGCCUAGUCAGGUCCUGGCGUCCAGAGUAAGGACGUGCGGCCCCCAGGCCCCCACAUCCCUCCCUCAGCUCCAAGGCCAGGACGCCCCCUCCCCGCCCCCGCCCACUCACGUGUCUCAUUGUGGCUGCCUGUGGACUCCCGGGCCUUGUGUACAGGCCUGGCCCUUCCACUGAUUUUUAAAAGUGAACCAUUGCUGGAUCUCAGAUUCUGUGGCAUCUAAGGCCUAGCAGGGGUGGGCACAGGGGUUACCCGAGGCCCAUACCAAGACUCUGUGCCUGCCCUAGGCCCAGUCUCAAAGGAAGCCACGAGGCACGGGGGCCGCUGAGGAAGGAAAUGUUCAUUUUCAUUUGUCCAAAACCACCUUAAGUUUUAAGUAUAUUAAUCUUGAUGCUUUUUAACUAUUGCUUUUUAACUUGCUGAGAUUUAGAAAUACUGUUAAAAGAAAAACUUUUUUAAUUUCUGUAUUUUUUUCUGUAUUGUAUCUUCAUGGGACAUUAGGGGUUUUCUAUGGUAAGCACACCUACGGUUUUGGUAAAAACAUCAAAUAUAUAUCCAGACGGUUCUUCCCUAGAAGAAAAACAAAUCUUUACACCUGAUAAAAUAUUUUGCAAAGAGAGGUGUUCUUUUUCCUUACUGGUGCUGAAAGGAAGGAUGGAUAAUGAGGAGAAAAUAAAACUGUGAGGCUCAA